AUGCCCAGUCACCAUGUGGAAAUUUGGGCCCUAUGUAGUUGUUUUCUUUGUCACGCCAGAUCAGGAGGAGAUCGAAAUAAUAAUUGUGGUGCUAGAAAUUGGAGUACAGCUGGGCAUAAAAGGAGAGAGAGAAAGAUUUGUUGCUUUUACAAGGAUGAAUUUAUUUGUCGAAGAGAUGUACAACACUUGAGCUUGAGGUAAGCUGAACUCAGUAGAUUUUCGCACCUCCACGCACAUUAUGUGUUAUUCAUUUGUGUUUUCCCUUUUCGAAACUUCCAUAUUCUGUGUAUCUUUACCCAUCUCUCAUUUGAUUUUUUUUUCUCUAGACUGCUUCAUCAAGAGAAAUGGAAGUUCACCAAACACCUUAAAUUAAAUAAAAUGACGAAUUGAAAUUUGUGACACAAGUUUGCAAUUUGUACCCUUGAGUUCUGAGACGGAAGCCACUUAGGUAACAUACAUGUAUCUAGCUGUCACUGGUGUUUGAGUUUCUCUCGGUACGGAAGAUCUAGCGAGCAUGACUGUAGCUUGCCUUUAUUUUUCCCAAGGACGAGAGAGGUUGCAAGAAGGAUUUUUAUAGGGUUACAAUAUCAAAAUGUUGUACACAGAUAAACUGUGGGAGAGCUUUUACUGAAACCCGAUUCUCCGAACAUGCCGGAAUUUUUUCUCUCUGGGCAACAUCAUCUUUUUCUCCAAAUGCAAAACAUUUAGAUUUGAUUUCGUGUACUUGUUGUUGUUCUGUAUGGUGGCCAAAUAUGAACACAUGACAUUGGGGCAUUCAUCAGAUUUGCCACGUGAGAGUGAAUUGCUGCUGUUUACGAUCAUGGUUUGACAUUUCUUUUGUGAGAGCUGACGUAAAUCGCUGAUUGAUGUAACACUGUGCUCAUCUUCAUGUAAUUUCAUAUCAGCUUACCUUCCUUGGGUUUUGUGCAUAGAAAUCCUCUAAAUUUUAGAUAUGUUAUAUUUUUCAACAUAACAAAUCAAUAGACGAAAUAAAAAGUUGUUAGAAUGAGUCUUGAGCUAUCUUAAUUCAACUCUUACGUUCAAAUUUCGCGCUUUUUGCUGCAUUGACCAAUCAGGGCAUUCAGAUUUAAUUUGAUUAGAGAAAUUAGCGCCUUAAAAUAACUGAUGCUAUUGCUGCGUGCUAUUGCUUUCUACCUGCUUCUUAGCUGGACCAUUACUUAAGUUAUGAAUUUCAAUAAAUGUGAAUAAAAUAAUGAUAUUGAUGGUAGCCUAUCCAUGGAGUGGCUCUUCAUCUACCAUUUCCUACAAUGCUUCCCAAACUGAGGAUUUCUCAUGUCACCCCUUCUCAACCAACUCGUCUACCUACAUUUUGCCUGUGUGUAUCUCUUCUCUCCUUCACCAUAAUAAAAUUUGCAUUUGUUUGCAGUGCAUAGUAUGUGAAUUGUAAAUGGAGCGCGCUUAACAUGAAAGAUGUUUCUUUGUAGGUCUAUACACAAUCAGGACAUUGGAUUUGAGGAAAAGGAAAAACCAAAGUACCCUAUGAUAAACGACUUGAGUAGAGUAGGGAACUAA